UCUUCCCAUAUUCCCAACACAACCGGACAGCUGCCAGCAGAACUGCAUCUGCGAGUCUACCUGACAAGGGGAAGUACCUCUUCACAGGGACCUCCCUCCCCUGCCCCAGCUGCGAGAAAUCUACGAUUUAGCUAUGUGUGAAAAAAAAACUGUACACGGUGGACUUCAGAGAUUAGUACCCAUCCAUUUAGAUGCCACUGGGUUUUAAUUGUUUUUUUUUUCUCUCUCUUGUGAGUUGGAACAACAUGGCUGCUGAGAUUGCGCAGAAAGAAUGAAGAGUUAAUAAAAAUUCUGCAUUUUUCCUCUCUCUGGAUUUCUGAAGGAUCUAGAUUGGGUUUUUUUUAAAUCUACCCCACCCCCCUCCACCCCCGUCUUCCCCCCCUCUGUCAUACACACACAUUCCCAGUGGAACAGAUAAAGAAGACCUGGGAAACAGAAAAUGACUGCAGGGCCCAGUAGGGCGAGCUGAGUGGCGAUGCAGUCCUUCCGAGACCCGGGGGGCUUCCAGGGCGCCCAGCAAAACUUCCAGCAGGCGAGGGCUGACUCCGCUCGCCUGGAGACCUACAGACAGCAGAACGCGGUGGCUCAGACCUACGAGGCACAUGGGAUGGGCUCAAAGGAAUACUACAACCAGCAGACUUACCAGGGUUACGGGAACAGCGCCGCAGGCAGUUACUUCAGUGGCACUAAACAAGUCUCUGUCUCGCAUACACAGGGCAGGUCUUCCAACUAUCAGAGCGGGGGCUACUCCAGGCAGUUUCAGAGUGAAGGACAGCCCUCGAAAUGGGGCUCUCCCACCUCUUCGGUCACAGGCCUAUCCCAGUACGUGCAAGACUCGUUCAAAGGCUCUGUGCCUUCGACCACCAGCGUGGCGGUGUACCCACAGCAGCACAUGGCGGGCGGCGCCGCCCAGAACCCGCAGCCAGUGCCCGGGCCGCACACACACUUCAUGCAGCAGCAGCAGCCUCAUCACAAGCCGCUGAUGCAGCAAGCCUCACCCUAUGUGUCCAGGCCCGCGCAUUUCAACCAAGCCUUUCAAUCCUCGCCAAACGCCUACCAGGCGGUGCAGGAUUACAGCCACACCUCCCGCUCGUACGAGGGCUUCGCACAAAUGCCCUCGAGUCCUCGCUACGACCAGCAAAGCGCGGCCGCCCCGGACUAUCCCACCCAAGCCGGCUACGGGUACAAAGCGGCCAUCGGCAAGGCCGCGGGUUACGAGCAGAAUAAGGCGGCUCAUGUCAAGCAGCAGAACCUCCAGUACCACAGCCAGGCAAAGAUGCACCUCCUGAACCAGUCCCCGCAGGUGUACUACCAGCCCGAUGCCCCCGUGAAAUCUCCGGAGCAGUUCUACCAGACCUUCAGCCCCGCGUCCACACACUCUCCCGUAUCCACGGUGGUCAGGUCCCCUUCCUACAGCUCCACUCCGUCUCCGCUGAUGCCCAACCCCGAGGCCUUGCAGUUUGUGCCGUCCUCAGAGGGGGGCUCCAUGGCGCCUGACAUCAAGGGCAACGUUUCUCACCUGAUGCCGGCAGCUGCCACUUCCACCAACCAGGGCUCCGGCAAGACCCAGGCUGACGCCUGUAAAGUCUUCCUGAAGGAAAAAAAUUCCGAAAAGUUGUUGUCGGACGGAGCUUUCAGCAGCCUGGUGGCGCUGAGCUCGCAGGUGGAAAACAUCCCCCGGACUGUGCAGCAGCUCUUGCUUUCCAACACGCUGGCUCCGCACAGGAAGAUGGCCAAACGCCUGCCCAAAAAAGCCGAGUUCCUGAAGGAGUUGAGGAGUCCCAAGGAAAGCAUGUACUCAGGCGAAGAAGCCCUGGGCACGCCUCAAGCCGACCUGCAGGAAGGAGACUAUUCCAGCAGCUCUGAAGAUCAGAUGGAGAAGAUACAGUUCUUUCAGAACCAUGCCGCCAAUCUGGACGCACUGAGGAAGAACUUGGACAGCAUCCUGGCCUGCUCUGGGACCUCGCCGAGCGAGGUGCUGGCCGAGAUCAAGUCAGAGGACUCGGUGAUGUGCGGGGAAAGCUGCACAACAGCAUCGUGCCUAUCGAAGCUGGCAACAGAUGGACACGCGAGCCUGUUCGGAAAUGAGGACGCGAAAACCUCCAGCGUCAUUAUUCUCAAGGACUCUUUCAAGGAAAGGUUGGAAACCGAAUUUAAAUUUAAUCACCUGGAGGGGGGCAAGGAAGGCAAGUGCUCCCCGUUAAAUUUGGAAAGCGCCGACAACUUUUUCGGCCACCUCAUCCAUCCGAAACGCACGGGACAAACUCUUGGCUCAGACUGUAACGACGGUAGAAUUAAGAGUGAAUAUCCAAUGAUGACCAAAAGGUUUGCGGAUGAUAGUGGCAGCGAAUCUCAACUGUUCCCCAACAGGUCGGACUCCGCAAACUUGCUUCAGCCCAUGGCAGAUUACAAAGAUAACCUAGUGUCCUCUCUGUCAGGCAGCAACCGGCAGUUCUGUUCCUCGCUGAUUUCAAGUGCCUCGCAGGACCUGGAAAAGUUGAAUCUUUUCGAUUUGCCCGAUAGGAGAGGAAGGGAGCAGCCGGGAGAGUGGGGAGAGCUGGAUGCCGACAUCGCUCAGUGUCACCUUCAGAACCAGUAUCUCCAGAAAGUACACGCCAACUACAAAGGGCAGAGUCCUCUGGAGACGGACUUGGCUCCACCACAGUUCACCCAAGCGGUGGACGGGACGAGGGGAACAGGACAGGUGGGUCCCGAGGUUGGGGAAGGCAGGUAUUCCGAACUAAGACUUCUUGCCAAUGACCAGGAGCCAUCAACGGGCAAAGUGACGGCCGACGAGGAGCCAGAGGUAGAACCAACUGAUCCCACUGCCCCGCAAGAUCAUGCUGCUGCUUUAGCUGAAAGAAAAUCCGUCAUCUGCGAUGUUUCUCCAACGCGAUCCGCCGCUAAGGAGGUCGUCUCUCCGGGGAACUGCGGGAAUGCAGAGGGAAACGCGACCGGCGAGGCGAAGGUGGGACCAAGUCUUGGUCCCCGCUUGCUCGGGCACUCCGUCAUUCAUGUGGGGCCAGCUAUAGUGGCAGAGUCCAAGGCUGACGAGGAAGACCCCUCGAGUGCCGCGCUAAAACCCGAGGGAGAGUGUGGGCGCCACACGGACCAACUAGCGGAAGGGGUUCUGAACCCCGCGGCGGCAGAGACACCGGACCUGCCGGCACUUUCCUCUGACUUAAUCAGCUCGGCGCUGACUGAAAUAGAAAAUGGUCCCACCAAGGAGCCGGCGAGCAGAGGCGCCCGGGUCCGGAGGCUAUCGGCGAGGGUGGCGCAAGGAGCCGGGUCCAGAGGCAAAGACCACUCGCCGCCACGGGCAGACGACAACAUGCAGCAUCUAAAGAUGGUGCCCACCAAACAAAGAUGUUUGGCUCCACAGAGGGACCGAGCUAGAAGCAAGCUCCCUCAGCAAGGGUUCGCAGCAGCCGAACCCGUGGAGAACACGCCGACCAGAAUGUGCACCCGUUCCUCUACCGUUCUGGUGGACGCUGAACUACCCCUCCAAUCCCGUACGCUGCUGAGAAGGAGAAUGAGUUCUCAGCGAGAGGAUGCCCCGAGGGAGCUGUGCUGCUGCUCCAGGCAGCGGCAGCACACCGACCCGGACAAGUGUCUGAUCCACAGGCAAGCUCCCAACGCGAGUGUCCGAGCGCAUCUCCCCACCUCGGUCUCCCACAGUCGGCCCGCCUGCACUGCCCAUCCCGACCACCCCGUGAGCCAGGACCCCAACUCGUACAAGUCGGUGGUGCUCAGGGCCAGGACUAGGGCGCAGGGGCAGAUUUUGCACAAAGAUGCCAAACAACGAAAGAACUGCGAUCUGGCUCACAAUCGGUGUCUCGCUCCCAGAAACAACUCGUCGGUGGCGAGGAUUCAAAAACAAUUAACAUCCAGACAAGAGCCGCUGGACCACAUCGCGGCAGAGGUCGCGACCGAGAGGUUAAAAACACGAAACUCAGCUUCAAGGCUGGAAGGGGUAGAAGACCAAAGGUUUUCCCUGUCGCAUCCUCUAAAAAGAAAAGGUUAUUGUUCGUUUCCGUUAAUACCGGCGAAAAGGCAACAUCAGAUGGUAAAGGCGAGUGAUACCCGGACAGAGAAACAGAAACAACUGCCUGGUCCUUCCUCAGACAUUAACCUUGCAGCUCCAACCAGCGUGGUAGGACCCGCCCAAGGUACCAGCAGUGAAGGAUCUUCAGAGCAUGCAGUCAGUAAGGGGACCGAUCCCAAUUUCCAGUCCGGUAUUUCUCUCAAGACCCCGCCGAAAACUAAAAUUCUCCCUCCCCGGAAAGGCAGAGGCCUCAAACUCGAGGCCAUUGUGCAGAAGAUCACAUCUCCAAACUCCAAAUCAUUCGCCUGCAGCAACUACUCAGACAGCAGCGCGCCCUGUCUAACCCUGGAUGAGAUCCUGUCUUUGAAAGAAGAUAAACUGAGUGAAAGUGCCAUCGGCGAGGUGCCCGAGCAGAACAAAGCGACGGCCAAAGACGCUGCUCAAAAGAUCGCCCCGGUAGAUACAAGUAAAAAAUGCCUUAUCGCUUCUAAAAGACUCAAAGAGGCACACGAAUGUAGAGCGCAGGAGAAGAGCAGUCUUCGCGGGAAGAGUGAAGUGAAGGCAGCGGUCGAGCCAGACGUCGGUGAAGCUGGAGAACAAACCACAGUAGAGGUGACGGAGGAACAGAUCACUACUCCUGACCGUUCCCCUCCGCUCGCUUCUCCCUCCUCGGGGUUGGCUUCCACUUUGGAUCCAGGCGCAAGGGUGGAGCUGGAGAGUAGUCAGGACGUCGUGGAGCCCAGAAGGCAGGCGUCUCCCAAAUGUUGCCUCCCUCCCACGAAGAGACGAGGUCACCCGACGGGGAACAAGGCCAAACAAACCAAGAGCAAUUCCAAAGUCAAGAGGCCCAGCGGGCGAGGCGCCAGGAGGAGGAGGAAGCAUCUCAAAGGGACCAAGGUCACGAAAACAGUCCACAGGCGGAAGAAGCAGUUGAAAAGAAGGAAUCUCCCGAUGGUCGACAGUAAGGAACCGGUGAUACGCCUGAAAUACGUAUCGUACAAAAUGCCCAGAGCUGGCAAUACAGUCAUGGCCUUUUCUCCUUACGUUCGCGUCGAGAAGAAUAACGCGGUCUCGUCUAUUUGCACCAUCAUCAACACGUUGUCAGAAGAACAGUCCAGGUUCCAGAAGAUGAAGAAGAGGUCUCCGGCUUCGCAGGCGCCUCUGUCUGUCAGCAAGACGCUGCCAACAACUUCGGCGCUGUUACCUGGACCGGUGGUGCUGGAUUCCACCAAGCAGGGUUAUCUGCUCUGCUGCUUGUGUGGCAUGGCCAAGAACCACAAGGGACUCGGAGACCUGUUUGGACCCUAUUAUCCGGAGGACUACAUCCCGCCAGUGACAAAGAACCAACACGUCCGGGGGAAAAUCGAGGUAAAGAAUGGGAUUAAGGAGACGCCAAGUCGCCUCAGCAUCGAGCCUAAAGUUGCUGACUCAGAGAGUGAGAGUCCGGUCAGUAGCAGGGCCGAGGCGCCGUCCCAUCUGGAGAAGGCAGCCGAGGUGGAAGAUCAGAGCCCGCUUCGGACAAGCUCAAGGGAGAAGUGCAAGAAGCUGAGCUGCUACUGCUGCGAGAAGACGGUCGAAGACACGGAGCUGAGGAAGGCGAGGAGGAGAGCAGGCGUGGAGGAGGAGCAGCAACCUCCCGAGCUGCCCAUCGAUCCACAGGAGCGUUGGCUGCACGGCGCCUGUGCGGUGUGGACCAGCGGCGUGUACCUGGCCGCCGGGAAGCUCUACGGUCUGCUGGAGGCGGUGGAGAUGGCCAGCGAGAUGAGAUGCUCUAUGUGUGAGCAGACAGGGGCCACUCUUGGCUGCUAUACCAAGGGAUGCAAUCAGAAAUACCAUUAUAUCUGUGCCAUUGAGUCGGGAUGCCAAUUAAGCGAGGAGAAUUUUUCAAUGAAGUGCUCGAAGCACAAGAGCAUAUCGUCUAAAACACUAUAACACCAGGAAAGCUCCACUGUGCCAAGUGACAUUAUCCCAUAAGUAGGUGUUAAAACAGACUGCAACCUGACAAGUGAAUGAAUGUAUCGUGAAACAGUGCAGUUAAAAGGAUGGAAGAAUGAAACGUCCUAAAGCAACAUCACCUAUCCCAAAAUACCAAGAGGAUGCCAAUAGGUUGACACUCUUAAUCAAUGUACGUUCUCCACCAUUGAAUCCUUGCUGUAUUUUUCUCCGGGGGUGAUAGGGAUGGGGUGAGUUGGGAAAUGAGCGUCAGUGGGUAGAUAAAUAAACAGUUUUGAGUUUCUCUGAACAGAAAGGUGCCUGUGCCAGCACUUAAAGAAACUCCAAAUUGUCAGUUGUCUUAAUGUUGCUGUGCAGAUAAUCUUAUGAAGUGGGAUCCAGGGAAAUGUGAGAGGAGUUUGGAACAAUACUAACCUGCAGUCUGCUAUUAAAUGAUUUUUAAAAAAGCUUCAUGAAUGAGCAUAGUCUAAUUUGUUAAAGUUGGUAAUGAAAUACAUUUUGAACCAAGGACACAGCUGAUUGCCUCACUAUGUUUUUUAAAGUUCAGCUCAGUGGUUAUUUUAUACAGUAAAACAGUGAUAUUCAUGGGCCUUCCAAGUGAAGUACCAGGGAAGAUUAACAGUAUGAUUCACGAAGAGCAAGUAUUCCCUUUAUCACACUUAGCAGUGUUUGUUUAUUGAUUUUUAAAGUUAAAAAUUUUUUUUUAAAAGUUUUUUUUUUCCCGAAGGCAAAGGAGGCCAACAGGCACUGUUAUGGAGACAUUCCCAAUAUAUCAUGUUUGGAACAGGUGGAAAUAUAUUAUUCCUAAAAUUAUUCAUGCUACCAUUGUGAAGAUGAUUAUUGAAGAUUAAUGGCGCCGCAUAUGUCUGGACGGUUUGAUACCUACUGAGAACUGAUCCACAACUCUUAAGCUUUCUUUCAAUGUGUAAUGUACUGUACAUGUAAUGCAAUGCCAAUUUUUAGGAAUAAAAAGCUGCAGGAAGCAAUCUGGCCCAUUGGAAUAAUUGAA